UUGGGGGAACUAAUGUCACCCGUCUCCGUUUCCCACGGAUGAUUUACCCAGGAGGACCUUCCAUAAGGGUGUUUUGUAAGGGUUUACAGAAGGGUGUUGGGUAAGGUGAGUGAGCAAACCCCUUCCCAUUGGAGUGCUCUGCGUGAUCCCCCAGACAGUUAUGCUGCUGCCGGCGAUCCUGCGGGAGUGCUGUUCCAAGCACGGCCUGCAGGUGGCGACCAGCGCCCGCUCCUGCAUCCGGACCCACAGCUGGAGAGAGCUCCACUCAAUCCCGGGGGCCUCUCUCCUCCGCAGGGAGGGCCGCAGCGGGCCGCUGCACUCGUUCACGGACGCGUUCCUGCUGCGUCGGGCGCCGCCGCCGCGGCUGCACCUCCAGAGCAGGGGCGCCAAGACCAGGAAGAGCCACAAACAGGCGCAGGAGGAGGACUGGAGGCGGCGGAACAAGACGGUGCUGACCUACAUCGCUGCUGCGGGCGUGGGAAUGAUUGGCAUAUCCUACGCCGCCGUGCCACUCUACCGCCUCUACUGCCAGGCGACGGGGCUGGGUGGCACGGCGGUGGCGGGUCACGACACUGAGCAGGUGGCCAACAUGACGCCCGUCAAGGAGCGGGUCAUCAAAGUGACCUUCAACGCAGAUGUGCACGCCAGCAUGCAGUGGAACUUCCGACCGCAACAGACAGAGAUUUAUGUGGUGCCUGGAGAGACGGCUCUGGCCUUCUAUCGAGCGUUUAACCCCACAGAUAAGCCUGUCAUCGGAAUCUCCACCUACAAUGUGGUGCCCUUCGAUGCCGGACAGUACUUCAACAAAAUACAGUGCUUCUGUUUUGAGGAGCAGCGUCUGAACCCUAAAGAGGAGGUGGACAUGCCCGUGUUCUUCUACAUCGACCCGGAGUUCGACCUGGACCCCCGCAUGGCACGCGUGGACACCAUCACGCUCUCCUACACCUUCUUCGAGGCCAAGGAGGGGCAGACGCUCCCCGUGCCAGGGUACAGCUAAAGAACCCCUCCCUGUCAAUCACAGACCCUUCACGCUGUAUUUAAUACGAGCAGGAGAAGGAGAGACAAUGCUUCUAAUUACUGAGGAAAAGAUGGGGACUGCCUGGUCCAACACAAUGAAAUUCUUGAUGCAAUGUUGCCCUCUGAUGGCCUCCUUGUGUAACACUCAUGGUGACGAGUUUGACUGGGAGCUCGCAUGCUUGUGGAGCAGAGUGUGUGUGUUCUCCCUCAUAAGGGAGUGAAUAAAGUGAUUUCAGCUGA